GUCGUUAUGUUUUUCAGUGACGGGUGGAGUCGACAUCUCGUCGCAUCUCUGCGGGAAGAGAGGAGGAAUUUCUUUUCUUUUUUUACUUUCUACUUUUUCACUGACUCUUUGUCACUGCCAAGACAUCGAAGUACUUCUUAGAGAUGACGACGACCACCACAUUUAAAGGAAUGGAACCUGGUGCUAAAAGCAGUUCCAGGGUACUACGACCGCCAGGUGGGGACUCGAGCAUCUCCUUUGGCACAGACGACGGCUCGACCCCACAGCGCAAAGACAAGAUGGCCUCUAGCAUCUUUGGAGAACCUGAGGACCCUCACGCUCAUCGGAGGAACAAUCCACCAACUGGCACAGCUGCAGGGACUCUGUGCGGGGAGCCUUCGGCCCCGUUGAGACGGUGCCAGCAGCCCCUUCUCUUCCCCAAGAACCCUCAGCCGGAACUCACCACCAUCCACAACUCUGGAGCAGCCAUGCUGUGGAACCAGAGACGAGAGGUUGAGAAUGGCCAAGAGCAAGUAAAUGAUGAGUGUACUGACAAUGUGGAGCAAGAGGAGCAGGAGCAGCAGGAGACACCAGAGCCCUCUGCCCCAUCGGGAGGUGCCAAUGUCACUGCAGGUGGCCGAAGAAACCCACCUGGUGGCAAGUCCAGCCUCAUCCUGGGUUGAGACUACUUGUUCUGUUUUUCUUUUUGUUUUUUUGUUUUUGUUUUUCAUUCAAACAUUUUUUUUGUUUUUUUUUAAAUAAAUACCCCCACGACUCUCUUCCUCCUCUUCAUGAUGUCACCUUCUUUACAUGCACUCUCGCUGUCACGUCCCUGGACCUCCGUGUCCCCUCCCUCCACCCUCAAACCUUCUGUUUUGGUCCUUUUUUCUAUUAAAAGAAGAAAAUGUUGACAAAAGCACUUUAUGUAUUCCCGCUCUCCUUCCAUUUCAGCCCAUCCUGUAGUGCAUCGCGCCUGCUGGGAAAGGCAUGACAUUUAGCUUGUGCCCCAUUGUAAAUGGUAAAGGAAAAAAAAAAGAUUUGAUGCGUGGAUUUCUAAAUACAAUAAAGAUUGAUAUGAA